AUGUCCACGUCUUCUUCAGCCGCGGCACUCCCACCAACAUCCUUUCGGUCGCAUGAUUAUCGAUGGCGUCUGGCGAACGCGAAAGAUCUCGCCAGGUCCUGGAUCCGUACAGCCUUCGGCGCCGAGGCCUGGUUCGGACGCAGGGGGUACCUGCUCGGCACCGAUGGCACCAUCCAUAUCACCACGACCCUCUGUAUCUGGUCGACUGGCAUCUCUUUGGUCGAUCUGGAGUAUCGAAUUUCAAGGGCCCUCGUUCACCUCCGCUUCCACCACCCGGAAGUCGCAUGUAGAGCCCUCAGGCUGCAUAAAUACGACUAUCCAGGCUGUCCACCCGAAGUCGUUUACACCCUGGCAAAAGACGCUACUGAUGUUGCCGCCUGGGCCAGCCGAAUAAUCCAUCGGGCCAAGCCGCCUCUUAACGGACUCAAGCAUUCUUCAACGUUCAAGGUCAGUAAGAAGGACAUUCCGCCGCUUUCCUCGGUCAAGAUCUUCUCUGUCCUAGGCACACAGCAUGAGGAAGCCGAGCUUGAAGUCGGUUCUCAUGUGAUGCUCGUCUUUGUAUUCCACCCUGUUCUUUGGGAUGGCGUCAGCUCCCACACCUUCGUAGGAGACCUACUGCGCUGCAUCGGAGAUCUGUGGUCUGCUGGAGCACCUGGCCUCGAAACUCUCCGUCAGUACGAUUGGGGCACUGAGACCGACAACCUGGCCAGUUCUAUUCUUGAAGCAUGCGGUGCUGACGUCUCUGAAAUCGGACAUGAAUUUGCAAGGGAACGGGACAAGUACAUAAGGAAGCUAAAACAAGGCACAUCUGGCUGGGGACUUCCGGUAAAUAGUUCCCGAGGCAAAUCUCAAAUAAUUCGACGCAGCAUCAGCAUACCCCAAAGCCACACCCUAAAGCUGGUCAUGAAGCACCUUUUCGGUCCGGACUACACUCUGACUCAUCUUGGUCAUGCCGCCAUGCUUCUCGCCUUGCUACGCGUCAGCCCCAUGCCACCAGACUUCCCCGAUUCGGCCGCAGUGGUCUCGCCAAUGCUUAUAAACGGCCGACGGUAUCUGAAGGGCAAGGACGAUUACCGCCGCUAUGGCUCGUGUCUCGCUACUGCUUUUGUUGACUUUGCGCCCCUCAGCCAGUAG